GUCACUGUCCCGCGCCGCGCGGCGCUGCCAUGGCGGCGGAGGAGGAGGAGGCGGCGCUGCCGCCCCAGAAGCGCUUCUACCGACAGCGAGCGCACUCGAACCCGCUGGCCGAUCACACCCUGCGCUACCCCGCCCGCCCCCAGGACAUGGACUGGGCCUCGCUCUUCCCGACGUUUUUCCCGCCCGACGCCCCCCCGGGGGCGCCCCCGGCCCGCGUGGAGUUCGCAGACCUUGGCUGCGGCUACGGGGGGCUGCUGGUGGCGCUGGCCGAGCGCUUCCCGCAGUCGCUGGCGCUGGGGCUGGAGCUGCGGGGGAAGGUGGCCGCGUUCACCCGGGCGCGGAUCCGGGCGCUGCGGGCGGCGCAGCCCGGGCGCUUCGGCAACGUGGCGUGUGUGCGGGGCAACGCCAUGAAACACCUGCCGCACUUCUUCUGCCGGGCGCAGCUCUCCAAGCUGUUUUUCCUGUUCCCUGACCCCCAUUUCAAGCGCACCAAGCACAAGUGGAGGAUCAUCAGCCCGGCCAUGCUGGCAGAGUACGGCUACGUGCUGCGCCCCGGGGGCCUGGUGUACACGGUGACAGACGUGCCUGAGCUGCACCAAUGGAUGCUGAAGCAUUUUGGGGAGCACCCCCUGUUUGAGCCCCUGCCCCCUGCCCAGAUGGCCGCGGACCCGCUGGUGGCGCUGCUGCCGUCGGUGACCGAGGAGGGACAGAGGGCGCGGCGGGCGGGGCGCCCCCCCUGCAGCGCCGUGUUCCGCCGCCGCCCCGACCCCCCCGCGGGGGACGGGCCGGACCCCCCCCUCACACAGCCCCGUUUUUAAUAAAGUCCCCAAGUGUCCCCAAGUGUC